AUUAAUCAUAGGGCUGCUCCUGAAUAUAUGACUGAGUUAUACAAGCAUGUUGCUUAUGAGGAUGGUGUGACAAAGGCGCCAACACCCUUUGAAGCCGAUAUUGUCAGAGGGCUUGUUGAUAAAGCCUCAAACUCUCAGAGCAACUAUUUGUUCGACUUGUCACAUUUGAAGGAGAAACAAGAAAACAUUCUCGAAUCCGAAUUGCAUUUGUUUAAAUUAAGACCGACUAUGAAACUGCAUGGCUUUGUUAUUUUAUUUUUUAUUCAUUUUCAGCUCAAGCUCUACCAGAUUCUUUGCAAGAAGACCUCUACAAGACAUCCAAACUUCAACAGAAACCCAAUCGAUCUACGUUUACUGGAGACAAGGUCAAUUCUGAGGUCAUUCAAACCGGGCUGGGAGACGUUCAAGGUGAAGGAUGUUGUCAAGAAGUGGAUUGACCAUCCGUCGUCCAAUCAUGGUUUUUACGUGGUAGCCACAACUCCACAUGGCGAGGAACUGGAUGCCGACUGGAUAAGAUUCGCCCAGAGGCAGGAUCAUCAUGGAAGCAAGCAGCCAGUACUUGUCAUCUACAACAACAACAAAGACAACAAAAUCUACAACAAAAACAUAAACAAAAGCGACAAAAUCCACAACAAUAGCGACAACAACAGAAUCAAUUACAACAAACGCGGUCGUAAAGUUGUAGAGAGAGAGAGGAAGAAGUAUUGCCAACUGUAUGAUAUGCACGUUAAUUUUAAAGAUAUUGGAUGGUCCGACUGGGUUAUACAGCCAACUGUGUACAAUGCAUACCAGUGCAAAGGUAUAUGCCCGUUUCCCUUGGACACCAGCUACCAUCCAACCAAACAUGCCACUGUCCAGAGCCUUGUACAUGCGCUUGGCACGGACAAUAUUCAGCCCCGUCGGUUAAGGGCCGGCAGUCCCUGCUGUGUGCCCUCCCCCCUCUACAGCCUCUCUAUGCUCUACAACAAGAAUGACGUCAUCAUACUCAAGUUCUACGACGAGAUGAUUGCUGCCGGAUGUGCGUGUCAUUGAAUGUGGUUGACUGAUUGGACGGUUGAGUGUGGUCUGUGAUUGGUUGUAUGAUUAAAUUUGGUUUGCCAUUAUUUGAUUGGCUGAUUACAUGAUUGAUGUGGCUUAUGAUUGGUUGAUUUGUUAUUUAUUUAUUUGUUCAAACGCUUGGAUGGAGAAUUCGUAUGAUUAAGUUGUUUUUUAGUAGU